CGAGUAGUGGCGAAGCGGGCGAGUUUGGGAGGACGGAAAGCGAGGGGGGUUCCGCACGCGCGACUUUGGCGCUCCUCGAGAGUAAGCAAGAAAGCAGGGGAGCCGCAGCCGCCGCUGUCCUCCCGGCUGCCGAAGAGCGACCCCGGGCGGGACGCGCGGCUGGUGCUGGAUCUCCAGUUCCCUCGGCUGGCCACGGCCCUCUCUUCGUGAAACCUUCGAGUUUGCCAGUUGUUUGGGAUUAGUUACGAAAGGAGAAGGAGAAGGAGGAAGAAAAAGAAAGAAAAAACCCUUUAAACCAACGUCAUUAUAACUCAGGGGCUUAGCUGGACUUAAAAAGAAGAAGGGGAAAAAAAUCGCGCUUCCGAACGAGUGUAUUGUUUUCCCUCGCUCGCUUUCAUAAACUAACCCCGAAGAAUUCUGUAAUUGGAUAACAAGAGUAAUAGGAUGACAUCCCUUGUAGAUCCCAGGAUUAAACAAGCUUUGAGGAAGAAACCAUCUGAAAGAACUCAAGAGGAAUUAAAUACUAUCUAUUACUAUCUUCAUGGAAUGGAUAUAUUAUCUCAUCUCAGGGAGCAUCAGUUAAGAAUUAUGACUUCCAGUGCACGGUAUAAAAGAUAUGAUGGAAAUCAAGUUUUAUUUUGCUCGGAUACUAUUGCAAAAUGCUGGUAUAUUCUUCUUUCUGGAUCUGUGCUUAUGAAGGAUUCUAUGUUUUUGCCACCCUGCAGUUUUGGCAAGCAGUCUGGAGGGAAACGAGGUUGCGAGUGUAUUGUUCUGGAACCUUCGGAAAUGAUUGUGGUAGAUAAUUCAAAAGAGAAUGAAGACAAUCUCUUGCAAAGGGAAGUGCCUCUUCGACAAUCUCGGCGGAGGUUUCGGAAGAUUAAUCAAAGGGGAGAACGUCAGACUAUUACAGAUAAUGUGGAUGUUAGUAGCUACCUUUCACUUCCAGCAGACCUUACCAAGAUGCACCUCACAGAUAGUCAACAUCCACAGGUAACACAUGUCCCUUCAAGCCAGUCUGGCUGCAGCAUUGCCAGUGAUUCUGGGAGUAGCAGUUUAUCAGACAUCUAUCAGGCUACUGAAAGUGAGAUGGGAGAUGUAGAUUUAACUGGUCUCCCAGAAGCACCAGUAGAUUCUGAAGAUGAUGAAGAAGAAGAUGAAGACAUUGAUAGAACAUCUGAUCCUCUCCUAGGGCGAGAUGUUGUUCGGGAGUGCCUUGAAAAAGAACCUGCUGACAAAACAGAUGAUGAUAUUGAACAAUUAUUGGAAUUCAUGCAUCAGCUUCCAGCAUUUGCAAACAUGACUAUGUCAGUAAGAAGAGAACUUUGCUCAGUAAUGAUAUUUGAAGUGGUAGAGCAAGCAGGAGCCAUCAUCCUUGAAGAUGGGCAAGAACUUGACUCUUGGUAUGUUAUUUUAAAUGGCACUGUGGAAAUUAGCCAUCCUGAUGGGAAAACAGAAAGUCUCUGUAUGGGAAAUAGUUUUGGGAUUACCCCAUCUCUGGAAAAGCAACAUAUGAACGGUGUGGUUAGGACCAAAGUAGAUGACUGCCAGUUUGUAUGUAUAGCCCAGCAGGACUAUUGGCGUAUUUUGAACCAUGUUGAAAAAAAUACACACAAAGUGGAGGAAGAAGGAGAAAUUGUUAUGGUGAAGGAGCACAGAGAACUUGACCGCAGUGGAACCAGAAAAGGACACAUUGUCAUUAAGGCUACACCUGAACGCCUCAUUAUGCACUUAAUAGAAGAACACUCUAUUGUGGAUCCAACCUACAUUGAAGACUUUUUAUUAACAUUCAGAACAUUUUUGUCAAGCCCUCUGGAAGUUGGGGACAAACUCUUAGAGUGGUUUCAGGUCGACAGUCUCAGGGACAAGGUUACUCGAGUUGUACUGCUAUGGGUGAAUAACCAUUUUAAUGAUUUUGAAGGAGAUCCAGCCAUGACAAGAUUUUUGGAAGAAUUUGAAAAAAAUUUGGAAAAUGCGAAAAUGAAAGGACAUCUCAGGUUAUUAAACAUUGCAUGUGCCGCAAAGGCAAAAUGGAGACAAGUCACCUUGCAAAAGCCUUCCAGAGAUUCACCACUUUUCUUCAGUCUUCUUGGAGGGAGCGAAAAAGGUUUUGGUAUUUUUGUAGAGUCAGUGGAAUCAGGAAGCAAAGCAGCAGAAGCUGGGCUUAAACGUGGUGAUCAGGUAAUGGAAGUAAAUGGGCAAAACUUUGAGAACAUUACAUUUUCAAAAGCUACUGAAAUCUUGAAAAACAAUACUCAUCUUUCCAUCACUGUAAAAACAAAUAUUUUUGUAUUCAAAGAGCUACUUAGUAGGAUAGGACAGGAGAAGAAUGGAGUUCCACAUAUUCCCAAAAUAGCAGAAAAGAAAAAUAAUCGUUACUCCAUCCCAGAUAUUCCUGGAGAUGUGGAACAGAUGUUUCCACGUGAGAAAGGAAACAAGAAAAUCAAAGCAAACACUGUGUCUGGAGGAAGAAACAGAAUCAAGAAAAUUUUAGACAAGACACGAUUCAGCAUCUUGCCUCCAAAACUAUUCAGUGAUGGCAGUGUAAGCCAGUCACAAGAUGACAGUAUUGUGGGGACAAGACAGUGCAGGCACAGUUUGGCAAUUAUGCCUAUUCCAGGCACACUUUCAUCCAGCAGUCCUGAUCUCUUACAACCCACAACUAGCAUGCUGGAUUUUUCAAAUCCUUCAGCAGUUGGCUUUUACUACAUUCCUGAUCAGGUUAUAAGAGUCUUCAAAGCUGAUCAACAGAGUUGUUACAUUAUCAUCAGCAAAGACACUACAGCAAAAGAAGUUGUAAGCCACGCAGUACAUGAAUUCAAUUUGACAGGAACCCCAGAGACCUAUUCUCUGUGCGAAGUUUCUGUGAGCACUGAAGGAGUCAUCAAACAGAGAAGACUUCCCGACCAGUUCUCAAAGCUAGCAGACCGAAUUCAGCUCAAUGGGAGGUAUUAUUUGAAAAAUAAUAUGGAAACAGAGACUCUGUGCUCAGAUGAAGAUGCUCAAGAAUUGCUGAGAGAGAGCCAAAUCUCACUUUUACAGCUGAGUACUAUUGAAGUAGCUACUCAGCUCUCAAUGAGAGACUUUGAAUUGUUUCGAAACAUUGAGCCUACUGAGUAUAUUGAUGAUUUAUAUAAGCUUGAGUCUAAAACAGGAAAUACUAACCUGAAACAAUUUGAGGACGUUAUUAAUCAAGAGACGUUUUGGGUCGCUACAGAAAUUCUAUCUGAAGCAAAUCAGCUGAAAAGGAUGAAGAUUGUAAAACACUUCAUAAAAAUUGCUCUCCAUUGCAGAGAAUGCAAGAAUUUCAACUCUAUGUUUGCUGUUAUUAGUGGACUUAAUCUGGCACCAGUGGCUCGACUCAGAGGUACAUGGGAAAAGUUACCAAGCAAAUAUGAAAAACACCUUAGAGAUCUUCAGGAUCUAUUUGAUCCAUCUAGGAACAUGGCAAAGUAUCGCAACAUCCUUAGUAGCCAGAGCAUGCAGCCUCCAAUUAUUCCAUUAUUUCCAGUUGUCAAGAAAGACAUUACAUUUCUACACGAAGGAAAUGAUUCAAAGGUGGAUGGUUUGGUAAAUUUUGAGAAACUGAGAAUGAUUGCUAAAGAGAUACGUCAGGUGGUCAGAAUGACUUCUGCUAACAUGGAUCCUGCUGUAAUGUUCAGACAAAGGAAGAAGAGGUGGAGGAGUUUGGGGUCACUGAGUCAGGGUAGCACAAAUUCAAACAUGUUGGAUGUUCAAGGAGGUGCUCACAAAAAACGUGCUCGGCGCAGCUCCCUUUUAAAUGCAAAAAAGUUGUAUGAAGAUGCUCAGAUGGCCAGGAAAGUCAAACAGUACCUAUCCAACCUCAACGUGGAAACAGAUGAAGAAAAAAUCCAGAUAAUGUCACUUCAGUGUGAGCCCACAUACAGCACUUUGACAAAAAAUUUAAGUGAAAGACGAGGUACAAAAGCUUCAGAGAUGUCUCCAAUGCCACUGAGGUCUGUUGGCCAAACCACAAAAGCCCACUUACAUCAGCAGAACAGAAUGAGUCAAGUUCUUCAGGUUCCAGCAGUUAAUCUGUACCCCAUUCGGAAGAAAGGACCAGCAAAAGACCAUGUCGCUUUUAGUGCAGGUUCUCCUCAGAAGUCACUCAGUUUAUCCGAAGAACCAAGUAGUAAAAAGCAGGGAGAAGAUGACGUCUCUGUGGCAUCAUCAUUGCAUUCCAGUCCUCCUGCUUCUCCUCAGGAGUCUCCACGCAAAAUUAGUAACUCACAGAGGUCUGAUACCUGCAGCCAGCUUAAUCUGUCUGGUUCAUCUUCCUCUCUUGCAAGUGAAACAAGCAACAAGAACAGUGGACACCGCAGCUAUGGAAUAGGCUAUGCCCUGAUCCCGUCUGCCAAAUCUGAGAAUUUUUCCGACUCCAGUCAUAGUGAGAUCUCUUCGCGGUCCAGCAUUGUCAGCAACUGUUCUGCUGACUCCAUGUCUGCAGCCCUUCAAGAUGAGAGGUGUCUGCCUCAGACAAUGGUGAUGGAUGCAGUUGGGGCAGUAGAAAGGAGAGAGCCCUUUCAACCACCUGAAUACAACCAGUCUUGCCCUGGUUUAAGUUGGCCCCUGCCUAGACCUCCAGCGAUCCGAGGGCUGCCUGUCCCAUCUUCCAUGAGCACCGAGGAGAUUUCUCAUGAGCACCUCACAAUAGAAGCAGCAGAUAGUGGCCGUGGAAGCUGGACCUCUUGUUCAAGUAACUCUCAUGAUAAUUUUCAAAACAUCCAGAACCAGAAGGGGUGGGACCUCUUAAACUCUUACCGCCAUGCUCAUUUAGAAAGAGCCAUUGCUGAAGUGGAGCCAUCCAGCUGCUGUCCCGAGGAGACUCAUUUGCAGACACCCAGCCACUCAGACGGUAGUCAGCAACCCAAAACUGGCAUGAACUUUGACCAGUCUCGGCAAAGCUGGGCUUCAUCUAGUUCCCUGUCAGACAUGCACGAAACAAACUAUGGGACCAUAAAACGAAGAGGACUGGACAGCUUCACAACAGAGCAAGCUGAGGCUUUGGAUGCUAAAACAAGCAGCGAAGCAACUUACAAAACUGUCACUUCAAGUACAGAGCAUGGCCUCAUAGUGUACUGUGUCACCUCAUCUAAGGAAGACACUAGAUAUAGGGAGCCUCCGCCCACCCCACCAGGAUAUAUGGGGAUUUCUUUAGCGGACAUAAAAGAAGGAACCCACCACCCACACCUAAAGCCUCCAGACUAUAGUGUGGCGGUGCAGAGGUCAAAGAUGCUGUCUAGGCUCUCCUCCACUCCUCUGAGUAGCGAACCAGUGGCCUGUUUUCCAAAGAAGAUGCCUAAGUGGCAUAGCCGGCAACCGUCCCAUCCUAAGCUAGCAGAUAUGACUGGCGCAAAUAGUGAAGAGGAUGAAGAUGAACAAGUAUCAGCAGUCUAGCCUCUGUGCUUCCAGUGAAAAUUGUUUCAAAUCAUAACAACAUUGGAGGAAGGAAUUUUACAGUAUUGUCAGCUAUAGCUGGCAGCUUGCUGCUAUUGACUUCAAAGAAUUGUGUUUGCCUCUCUUCGACUAGUAGGAUGAAUUAUCUGGAUUCAAAAUUAUUUGAAUUUGCUUCAGCCCACUGCAAUCUGUUUGAUGGAGUCUAAGAAAACUAUAUUGGAAAGAGAAAACACUCAUUCUAAGAAAUACUGACCCUGUAUUGCAGUAUCAAGAAGGACCUAAUAUUUGAUGCAUUUGGACCAGCUUGGGAGCAAUCUUCUGUAGAAGAACUAUAGAAUCUUUUAGUAGACUUUGUUCAGAUAUUUUCUAUAUAACUGUUAUGGCUCUCAGUUGAAGAAAAUUAUUUUAUGUACUUAUGGAAAUUGGAAAACUACAUCAAAACUAAGGAAACUUCUGCAGCAAUCUGAAGAGUAAUUUAUUAAUUUGGAAUUUAUAUAAGGAUUUUUGUUUGUUUGUACAUGUAUUGGAAUGCUCUGGUUGGCUAAUGUGAAUGCUUUUUUCAAAGAAAAUAAGGAAGCAAAUUGUUUAGGUGUUAGCGUGAUGUCUUAUGCUAAACAAAACACUUGAUUUCUAAGGAACUGGAUGUUCAUGAGUGCAGCUAGAGGUUUACACACAGUGCAACAUCAACCACGUCAAUCUGUAAAAUAUCAAGCCCUUAGAGGUGUAUAUUGAGUGUGUUUUGAUGUGCAUACAGUAGUGAAAUACUGCCAUCUAUUGAUCCUGUAUUUUAAAACCAGUAAAAUACAUGCAGUUCCUUUCAACUAUCAAAUGAUUAAGAGAAUACUUGCAUUUUUUUUUCUUUCCUACAUUCCAUUUUCUUCCUUCUACAAUUUCGUGGCACGUUUGUAUCAUUAUCUACCUAGAGACUUACCAGGUGUUUCCUCUUCUACAAGACUUGCAUUGGAGAAGUACCCAACAAGUUCUGCUCUUUAGAAGUUAACUUAAAAGUUUUCAGAUUUAUAAAUUUAGGAGCAAAGUCAUAGAAAUAAGAAGGACCAUUAGGUGGUGGUGGUGGUGAUAUGAUGAUGAUGAUGAUGAUGAUGAUGAUGAUGAUGAUGAUGAUAAUAUGGUAGUACAGCCUAUAUAUUAUUUCAGAUUUCCAAUUUUAUUUGAAAUUUUUCUUCCCAUUUCAUAAGAGCAGUUUGGUUGCAAGUCAUUUUUUGUAUUUAAAUCAGCUUCAUUGUUCAUAAAUUUUGAGUUUAUGAAAUCCAAGAUGAACCCUUGUAUUUGGAAAACAGUAGUUCUCGGUACAUGACAAACACAAGAAAGCAGAGUUUUCAAGCUUUGAAAUGAAAGGCAUUUUUCAAUAUUUUAUGCAGUUGAUGACCAAAUUACUGUUGGCAUUUGGACUACUGUUCUUGCUGCCAAAAAUAAAGUUAAUGUAUAACAACUAGUAGGUCAACCUUUCUCAACCUGUUGCCUUCUCAAUAUAUUUGGGUAGAAACUCCUUGCAUUCUAGCAAGUUAAAAAUUACAAAAUAUGAACUUCUAACAUGAUAUUACAAAUCGGAACAUAGAAGGGAGUGGAUAGCCUAUCUAAUUCAAGAAUGAUUGACUGAAUAUAUCUUACUAAUUAACCUUAAAUGUCUGUAAUAAGUUGCUGAGACAUCAGGGCUCUUUUUUCUUCCCCCCAAGACCUUAAAGCAACCAACAACAAGAAAAUACAAAAGCCUGGCAUCCAUGAUUUCAGCAGUUACAACAAUGUUACUACAGGGACAACUGAGAGAUAAAACUUUCCUGCACAUAUCCACUAUGAAGUCUGGAGUAAUAGAUUCCCAUUGAUUCAGAGACUUUAAAAGACAUUCCAGCUGGAUAAUCUUCUAGAUGCCCAUAACAAUAGUUGGGAUGUGACAUCCCAGCAAGUGUGGAAGUUGCAUGUUGAGGAAAAUUGUUCCAGAUCAUCCCAGAUGUUACUACAAGCAUACUGAAUGCUUAAAACAUAGUUUUACCAAUCUGAGAACUUGUAAAAUGAAGCAUAUCGUUUGUUGCCACCACAAUCACCUACCAGAGCCACCUAUUUACUCACCCCUGGUAAGCACAUUCUAAAAAAUGAGAAAGGGACAAGGCUUAUGCAUAUUGUUGCUCUAGGCUUUUUUGGGGGGAUGGGGAAUGAAGCAGCAGAACUUCUCAUAUUCAAGUGCCUGGUGUGAUUGGAAGAUGGAAUUUCCUCUCUCAUCUCAAGCUUGUGUGCUGGAUUUUGGAAAUACCCAGCAAGUGUGACUUCAAAUCACCUUUAAAACCCAGUGGAACUGCAGGCAUAUCUAUCACCACAUUUAUAUUGUCCUUGGAAGAGAUGCUCUCCCGCAAGGUGGGUUGAUUACAAAGGUGCUAUUUCCAGAGAAAGAUGAUUCCCUGACUUAUAUGUAUAAUACACAUGUGCACAUGUAUUAUGCAAGAUAAAAGACAAAAGACUGGGUUGACAUGGCAGCUUUACUUAGCCAACCAGAGUACAUAGAAAAAACUGGAGUUAUUAUUUGCAUUUAUAUUCUUCCCCUACCGCAUAAUGGUUGCCUAGUCAAACAUAAUCAGUGGACAUGAAUGUCUCAAUGUAUAUUUAAAGUUUACUUGUAAACCUUAAUAUCAUAAAUGUUUACAGUCUAGGGUAGAAGGAAGAUGUCUGUCAGUUUUACAGGUGCCUCAAAGUAACCUUAUUUUUUACACUUCAAGUUAUAAACAGUUUUCAGAUUUUUGUUCCUGUGCAAGGUGAAUGUCGCUUGUCCUGAUGCUUAUAAGAAUCAAAACUUUCUGUUUGCAUAUUGGCUUAGGUCAGUGAUAGCUUUCCCAGAAAGCAUAUAUGAAAAAAGCGUGUCUUUUGGAUUUCUGUAAGUCUAUUGGAGAACUCCUUUAAUGCCUUGUAACAUGAAGUUAUAAAUCUGAACAUAGAACUGAGUUGAUAACCUAAUUCAACAAUUAAUUGACUGAAUGUAUGCUACUACUUCAAUGUCUGGAAUAAAUAGCUGAGACAUUUUCUUUCCCCCAAGACCAACAGCAACCAACAAUGAGAAAAUACUGAAGCUUGGCAUCCAUGAUUUUAGCAUUUAUAAUAAUGUUACUGCAGGCACAACAGAGUUAAAAUUUCCUGCACAAAAAACACUGCAUAAUCCAUAGUAGUGCAGUUCCCACUGAUUCAGAGACUUGUGUAAAGUAUAUUUCUGAUGGGUCAUCUCCUAGAAACCCUUAACAGAGGCAGGAAAGGCAUUUGCAAAGCAUCUGUUGAAGUUCUUGCUACAGCUGAUGUCCAAUGGAAUGGGCAUACUCUUACUCUGUUUAAAACUGCAGGUUGCUGGAUGGACUUUAGGGAGAACUUCGAUGUCCCUGGUGUGGAGGUGCUUCUUGCCAGAUGUGCCUGGGCUGUCAAAGAAAGAGGUUAUGCUUGUCAAAAGCAAACUUCUAAAUCUGAGUCCUGAGUUCCCAGAAAGUCCAGUUCACACACGUUUCAUGCAGUUUAUAAGUGCAAACGUAACAUGACUUUAGACUUAGUAGACUUACAGUGCUUAGGGCCAAUAUUACAGUAUUUCUCUUAAGGUCAAUAUGUGUUUCAGUUUGUAGAGACAAAACAUAAAGAUUAAAACCUUUUCUCUUUGGUAGUAAUCUUUGUUAGAUUAUCAACCCACCUCAAGGUCUUUCCUUGCUGAAAAUCUCAUGAGCCAAAUAUUUGGUGUGUUUGUAUCGACAGCAUCAAAAGAUGCUUGCUUUUUUAAUUGCAUUAUUUUUAAAAUCACUGGGCAUCUUGUUAAUACAUUUUCCUAAUGCAGAGCCUAUAGUGUAAAUAUGCAGCGGGUCAGUGAGCCCUUUUAACUGCUUCCGAUUUGCACAGUGCAGACUGCCUCACCCUGCAGAGCCUUGCUCUGAUCCUGAUGUGUUUCGUUUUGCCAGCUUGGUCAGGGACAAUAGCCAAACUGAAAUGGAGCUUGGGUGAGCCCAAGGAAAUGGAUUUUUUUUUCUUUUUGUCUUCAAGCCAUUCAUUAUGAAACCGCUUAACCCCAUUUUGUGCUGUUUACAUGAUGUCUAUUCAUUAUAUAACUGAACAUAUUACUAGCAUGUUCUGAAUCCCCUCCAUGCACAUGUUGAUUUUUUUCUUUCAAGUUCUUGAAAUGGCCAAUUCUUCUCUGUAUAUAACAUUUAUUCUUUUUCCAUCGUAUUGUGAGGGAGUUGGCCUUAUUCUGAAAGCGCAAUAGGAAUGUUUAAAAAUCUCCCGUGUGGAACAAGUGUCAAUUUUUAAUUUAUACAAAUAGGAGGAAAGGAAACCCUGUAUCGUAAUAUGUAAGUAGGCCUGUACAUCAUUUGCCAUUUGAUUCCUCUUUGAGGCAGGAUUUAUAUUGGAGGUAAAGUAAGUUGUGAAAAUAUGCAUAAGAUUGAGCUACAUUUUCCAAAGUGGUGAUUUAUAGGUGCACUUCUGUUACCUUGACACAUAUUGUCAUAUAAGGUAAAUUAAAAAGGUUCUGAUUUCACUUGAAUAAGUACAUGGCCAGCAUUUCUCUUCUAAAGUUGGAGAAUUUUGCACUAAUGCUAGUAAAGCUGAUUCUCACUUCAGCUUUUGAAAACACUUCUUGAGAUAUGAUCCUGCUGCACAGCUGAGGCAAUUCCAAAUGAUGAGUAAUGGAUAUCCAAUAAGAAUCCAUUAUAUCAAUUUAUCUCAGGAGGUUAAAAAAAAUGAAAGAUGCUUGAUCUGUUCAGCCUUGCAUUCAUACAAAUGAUUUAUAGGAAACAGUGCUACAGGUCCAUGUAAUGCAUAUUUCCUGAAAUGCAAUUUUAAAACAUUGUACUUGCCUUCAAAAACUGAUCAGGAAAAAAUACUUCUUCAUUGACUGAAACAUUUAAUGCCAACUAUUUAAAUGAGUAGAAAACAAAUUUCACCUCCAGUCCAUUCCUUUCCCUUUUCCUCCAGUUGUACUUGUCAUUGUUGUGUCUUUAAUUUCUUUAUAUAUACAUGGAAUGCAGUUUAGCUUGGUAUUCAUGACAUUUUGCAUAUGUGAGCAUAUGGGCAAAAACUGCACAGUUGUAACGGUAUUCCAAUAGCAAUUGUAAAACUGCACAAAUCAGUGAUUGUAAAGUAUUCUGUAACAAGCAAUGUUUGUCUUCUAUUUUUUUAUACCUCUUACACUUAUGUCUUUUAGAAAGACAGUGCCUCUGUAUGCUUUUUUGUAUUUUUACUGAGUGAUUGUAAAUAUUUGUUAUAUUUUUGGUUAAGAGAAUGUUUAAAAGUAUUGUUUAAUAUCCAAUCUACUAAUGAUGUUGGAACCAAUAAACAACUUAUCAUGGA